AUAAUAAUAAUAAUAAUAAUAAUAAUAAUAAAAUCACCAAGAGGAUUAAAUAGCUUACUAAAGCAGUAACCGACUAUUUUGGUGUACCAUGUCUUUAGAGGGAAUGUUUACCUCUACCGCCGAGGAAAAGUCUGCUUCCAAUGACUCAUGGGAGCACCGGAGCUAUCCGGACGCGCGCGAAGGAUCGAUGUGGGGCGCAGGAGUCGCGAUCGCAACCGCGUACGCGCUGAUCAUUGUAGUAGGUCUUGUAGGCAACGUGACGCUCAUUCGCACAUUCUGCGCUGUCAAGUCCAUGCGCAACGUCCCCAACUUGUUCCUGUGCAGCCUUGCGUUCGGGGAUGUGCUGCUGCUUGUUACUUGCGCGCCCGUGGACGCCAGCCGGUACCUGGCUGAUGAAUGGCUCUUCGGAAGAACAGGAUGCAAACUCAUCCCGUUUAUCCAGCUCACGUCAGUUGGAGUGUCAGUAUUCACCCUCACCGCUCUGGCAGCCGACAGAUACAAAGCCAUUGUGAAACCCAUGGAUAUCCCAACCUCUCAUGCUACGGCUAAGAUCAGUUUGAAAGCUUCUGCUAUUUGGCUCUUGUCCAUGGUUCUGGCAAUCCCCGAAGCCAUUUUCUCUGACCUGCAUACCUUUCACAUCAUGCAGACCAAUGAAACCUUUCAAACAUGUGCCCCGUAUCCCCACACAGGAGACCUGCACCCUAAAAUCCACUCCAUGGCCUCUUUUCUUAUAUUCUACGUCAUCCCUCUUUUCAUCAUUUCUGUGUACUACUUCUUCAUCGCCAGGAGUCUGAUUAGGAGCACAAUUAAUCUGCCAGUCGAGGGGAAGAUGCCUAUUAGGAGACAGAUGGAGUCAAGGAAGCGUCUGGCUAAGAUGGUGUUGGUGUUUGUGGGUCUCUUUGCUAUCUGCUGGCUCCCCAGUCACGUCAUCUACCUGUAUCGCUCCUACCACUAUUCUGAAGUGGACACGUCCACUUUGCACUUUGUUACCAGUGUGGCUGCCCGCAUCCUGGCUUUCACCAACUCGUGCGUCAACCCCUUCGCUCUCUACCUGCUGAGCAAGAGUUUCCAGAAGCAGUUCAACAAACAGAUCUGCUGCUGCUGCCCUCUCCUGCCACUGCACGUGAAAAAUACGACACGUGGCAACACACGCUUGAGCUCACUCAAAAGCACGCAGAAUCACACCGUCGCCAGCUUCAGCCUCAUUAAUGGCAAUCCCGGCUGCCAUGAAGGCUCAGUGUGACUGUGCUUUAGUAUUUAGUGCUUUAUUUAUUUUUUAGUUGCUCAUGAAUAGUCUUCUCACUGGUUGCUACUUUACUGUACUCUUGAACAGAGGUUAUGCUUUACAUUCUACACUAGUUGAAAAUAUAGCAAGCAUCACAUUGCCAUGAGCGCAGGAAAGCUCUUCAACCAAUAUUUCCACCACACUGGGUUAAAAAAAACUUUGUUGUUGUUUUGUGAAGAACUUCACAUGUGCUCCAUUUCGAACAAUAGUGUAUGCAAUCACUUGGACAGUAGCUUUGUGAUCCUGUAGGAAACAAUAUCUAUUGGUGAAAGUGUUUACAUUUUAAAUGUAUUCUUUAACAUUUGCAUUCUUUUGGAUUUUGAUGCUGACUUGGUGUCUUAAUACAUUAUGUUAAUGAACCGAACCUACAUAAGACUUGUUUGUCUGUGUUCUUUAAAUGCCAUAAAUUAUUCAGUGCAGUAAAACUGUGUCCAAGUGCGCUACUAUAAAACGUUCAAACAGGAAGUGAUUUUUUUUCCUCAGGCAUAUUGAUUUGUACAGAUGUCAAAUUCAUAUUUAGGUGACAAGCAGGACACGGAGUGUAAUCUGAUCAAGGUGUAGCUACCUGCUUCUGUCAAUUUCAGCAGUAAUCUUUCACAGCAUUGGUGCCUGAGCUGGAUCUAGUGCAGCUGCUGUGUCCUAGCAGCGGAGUUCAAUCCGUUCAUGUUUUAGCGUUCUAGUGGCUUUUCUGUGGGUGUAGAGCCAUUUUGCUUCUUAUGUGGCAUAAAGUUUGCAAAAAAAAAACAAAUAUUCUGUUCUUCAUAGCACUUUUGUAUCAUUGAACUA